AUGUCAUCUGACAAAGACAAGAAAAGUUCGCCAUCUGACGAAUUAUUAAAAUCAAUCGAUUUAUGGUUAAAAUGGGAUCAAUGUGAGAAAACACGAAAAGAAAUUGAAGAAUUAAAAAAGAAUUCGAAAUGGGAUGAUUUACAAGUUCGUUUAUCUCAUCGAAUUCAAUUUGGUACAGCUGGUCUUCGUGCUAAAAUGGGAAGUGGAUUUGCAUUAAUGAAUGAAUUAACUGUUAUUCAAGCAACACAAGGUCUUCUUCGUCAUAUACAAACAACAUUUCAAAACAAAAAUGAUUCUUUGGCUGUUGUCAUUGGUUUUGAUGCACGUCAUCAAUCACAUGAAUUUGCACGUUUAGCUGCUGCUCUCUUUGCAUAUGAAGGUAUUCAUGUUUAUUUAUUUGAUUCGACAACAGUUCCAACACCAUUUAUUCCAUUUACUGUUAAACAACUUCAUUGUCAAGCGGGAAUUAUGGUAACAGCAAGUCAUAAUCCCAAAGAUGAUAAUGGUUAUAAAGUUUAUUGGGAAAAUGGAGCACAAAUUAUUUCACCAUUAGAUGCACAAAUUGCACAAUCUAUUGAACAAAAUUUAGAACCAUGGAAAGAUAAAGCAUGGAAUUUGAAUAUUCUUCAAGACAAAAAUUCGAAAUUAAUUUCUGAUCCAAUUGAAAAGAUUCGUGAUUUAUAUAUGUCAAAUUUAUCUAAAUUAUGUUAUUUUCCUGAGUUAAAUGCAUCAACACCAUUGAAAUUCGUUUAUACACCAGUUCAUGGUUUGAUGAACAGAAAAAAUCCUGAUCCAAACUUUUCUACGGUAAAAUAUCCAAAUCCCGAAGAAGGAAAAGAAACAUUGGAAUGUGCUAUUCGAACAGCUAAUAAGAAUAAUGCUGAUUUUAUUAUUGCUACUGAUCCUGAUGCUGAUCGAUUUGCACUUGCAGAACGAGAUCCAACUGGUUCAACGGAAUCAGGAUGGAGAAUUUUAAGUGGAAAUCAAUUAGGAGCUUUACUUGGAUGGUGGCGUUGGUUUACAUGGAGAAAUCGAAAUCCUAAUGUUAAUGUUAAAGAUGUCUAUAUGCUUUAUUCAACUGUUUCAUCACAUAUUCUUAAAUCAAUUGGUGAAGUUGAAGGUUUUAAUACAAUUGAUACUCUCACAGGAUUCAAAUGGCUUGGAAAUCGAUCAAAUGAACUUAUUCAUCAGAAAAAACAUGUUCUCUUUGCUUUUGAAGAAGCCAUUGGAUUUAUGUGUGAUCCCGAGAAUGUCUUAGAUAAAGAUGGAAUAUCUGCAUUGGCUAUUGGAGCAGAAAUGUGUGUUUAUCUUAAGUCAAUUGGUCGAACAUUGUAUGAACAACUUAAUCAAAUUUCAUUACUUUAUGGUUAUCAUAUUAAUAACAAUUCUUAUGUCAUUUGUAAUAAAACUGAUGUCAUGAUGAAUAUGUUUGAUCGACUCAGACAUUAUGAUCAAAAGAAAGAUCAGAAUGCACAGAAAACGAAUCAAGGAGAAAAAAGUGAAGCAAAGAUUCUUGUUCAAUAUUCAAAUAAGAUCAAAUCUCAUCUUGGUGCCAAUGAAAAUGAAUCGAAAAAUGGACAAGAUGAAGAAUAUGUUUAUCCAAAAUCAUGUGGAAAAUAUCAAAUAACUGGUAUUCGUGAUUUAACUGUUGGAAUCGAAGCUGAUUUUCGUGAUAAAGGAAAAGAUGAAAAACCCACUUUACCAUGUUCAUCAGCAACACAAAUGAUCACAUUUUAUUUUGAUAAUGGUUGUGAAAUUACAAUUCGAGCAAGUGGAACUGAACCAAAAAUUAAAUGGUAUUCUGAAAUACGUAAAAAGAAAGAAAUAAAAAAUCCAUCAGAAGACAAUCCAAUGAUUGAUGAUGAACAAUUUCGAAAAGAAACUAAAGAUGAACUUGAUGCUUUAGUUGAACAAGUUGUAGAAGAAUUUUUACAACCAAAACAAAAUCAAUUAAUUGAAAGAGAAACAACUGCUAAAUAA